GACGGUGUAUCAUGGCGCAAAUUCGCAAAUAUAGGUAGGUUUGUGUAUAAGCGGCAUAUCUGAAAUCAUCAAGUGCAUGGUUAUUCCGGACCACCUGCAAGUGGGCAGUAAAGCCGUUACCACCAGCAACAACAGAUUCCGUUGCAACGCCAGCACGGUACCAUCGUAUAUAUCUGCAAUGCUACGUGUUGGAUGGCUGCUAGGAAUCACGCUUGCUAUUUUGCUGCCAGCGGUCACGGGUACGGGCGGAGAAUGCGCGCCAUGUAGCAGCGUCAUUAGCGAUUGUUGUCAGCAGCAACAUGAACGCUGUGAAGCAGACAAGUUUGGCAACAAGCAGUGCAGCUGUCUAUACGGCUACAUGCGCCCCCCAUCACAGACAUCCAGCGACGCAUGCUUACCUGUCACCUCUCGAUGGACAGAACUAUACUUUGACUUAGAAUGGAAUGACAACUACAAAGUGCCUGGCUCUCCCGAACUCCUAAAUUUGGAGGCUUCACUCAUUAUAUUGGUGGAGAGAGUGAUGAAUCAGUCUGAGGCCAUGCACAAUGAGUUUGCUCACAUUCAUUUCAUGGCUGCACUGCCGCGCUACGUACACCAUCUGAACGUGACCAUGAACAGCACCGACGGAGCGGUGACUGACGGAAUCCAAGCGGACAUGUUGCUCAGCUAUCUGUUGGAGAACUUCACAGGGUUCGCCGUCGGUGACAUGGAGUCGGUGUUAGACACCGGGCUGCGGUCUACCACGGCUUACACAGGGUCCGUGCUCAUCACUGCACCCGAUCAAUUUAACGAUGCGAUUGUAGAAGAAUUGAGCAUGUGCGACCAGCGUUACCCAACCCUAAACUACUGCUGGGAAAACGAAGACGUAGCCGCCUGCACACCUGACGAGAGCAACCUGUGGUUCACCUGCGCGUGUCCGCCUGGGUACACGGACGUCAGCGUGGCACCGGAUGUUGAUCCUGGAGAGUUCUGUGAGGGGCCGAUCGUCACGCCACCAGUGCCGACGUGCAGCGACGACUACUGCCUCAAUGCUGGCACCUGUCUUGAAAUUAAUGACAAUGUGGAGUGCAGUUGCAUGACCUGGUAUAGCGGCUCAAGAUGUCAAACAGACCUUACAGUGAUCGUUAUGAUUAUCGGAGGUGUCAGCCUCAUCAUCUUGCUCAGUGCCAUUGCCGUCAUCUUAUGCGUGAGCAGGGAGACACCCAUUCGAGUAACCACGAAGGGAGAUAACUGGGGUAGCAAUGAGGGACAGGACACCAGCUGGCUCAAUCCUAUGUGAUGCAAAAGUACGUUUCACUCAAGUAACCAGCUUCUAUGAUCACGUUCACAAAUCGCGUGCACGGGGCUUGUAUAGCGAUCGAGACUGUAUAGUCCCCCAUCGCAGACAAUCUUACAACGUAGUUGGCUGUGUCUACGUAUUUACCGUGGCCGCAAUCAUCACCGCUGUCAAUACCGGGCCAUUUACUCCGUAGUAAAGCUCACUCAUAUAUAUUGACAAAAUAUUUUUAUUACCUAUAUACGAUCCUAUUGUAGCUUAGAUGUGCGCCAUAUCUUUAUCCCAAAUUACCAUGUAACGAACAAUUGAGGUUCGCUGCAGAAGGGAACAAAUAUGGAUGUGGGCUCCAAUUGCAUAUCAAUAUAACUUAAUAAACACGUGUAUUUAUGAGGAUUACAAUACCCGUUAUCAAACCCAAGUCACCGUUGAAUGCGUGUUCUUGGCAGAAUGCCAUCAAAUUGAUUAUAACAGAAAAGUAAAUGAAA